AUGAAUAUCCUCAUUACCGGAGCCGCCGGGUUCAUCGGCCAACUUCUCGCAAAAGAGCUCCUGAAUGAUACAGCACACAAACUCAUUCUAGUCGACAUUAUCGAUCCUCCAGUCCCAGCCGGAGUCAAAUACCCUCAGAAUGCCAAAUCCACCAAGAUCGAUUUAGUAGACGGCGACAUCGAAAGCCUAGUCACCGAAUCUGCGCCUGAUGCCGUAUACGCAUUCCACGGUAUCAUGUCUUCGGGCUCCGAAGCCAAUUUCGAGCUCGGUAUGAAAGCGAAUGUCGACGCAACUCGAGCUUUGCUUGAAGCCCUCCGCAAGAAAGCUUCCCCAGGUGUGCGAUUCAUCUAUUCCUCCAGUCAAGCUGUAUACGGACAACCUCUGCCCAAAGUCGUGACGGACGAUAUAAUACCAACACCCGAAUCGUCCUACGGCGCGGCAAAAAUCAUCUGUGAGACGCUGGUCAAUGAUUAUACUCGUCGAGGAUUUAUUACGGGCUUCACGCUCCGGUUCCCUACUAUUUCGGUGCGACCCGGAAAACCGACUGCGGCGGCAUCCUCAUUUCUAUCUGGCAUGAUUCGGGAACCGCUUAAUGGACAAGAGGCAAUUAUCCCUCUCGAGGAUCGAUCUUUUGAGUCAUGGCUUUGUUCUCCUAGGACCUUGGUGCGGAAUUUGAUCAUUACUCUUUCGUUACCGGCGGGCUGUGUGCCGCCUCAUAUCCGCCAGAUCAAUGUCCCGGGUAUUUGUGUGACGAUUCAAGAUAUGAUGGAUGCAUUGGAAAAAGUUGGAGGCAAAGAUAAAUUGGCUUUGUUGAAGGAGAAGGAGGACCCGGUUAUCAAGAAGAUUGUGCACUCGUGGCCGACGAGGUUUGAUAAUAGUCAGGCUAUAAAAUUGGGCUUCCAUAGGGAUGAGUCGUUUGAACAGGCUGUUAGAGAUUUUAAAGAGAGUUUGGAAAACUAG